AUGCUGGAUGGGCUCCUGCUCUGCCUACUCCUCUUCACAGCUCUGUGCCCUGGGCUCUUUAUGACAGCCCUGGGGCAGAACCUGCACCUCUGUGAGGGCUAUGCUGGCCCUGACGGCCGCCUCCACCCCGGCUUCUACUGCCCACGGCUGAACGACCCAGCCAGCCACCGCUUCUGCUGCCGUCCCAGCCCCCACGCCUUCAAGUCCUGCUGCUCCCAGGAGGCCCUGGAGGCCCUCACCGGGGUGAACCUCUCCAGCAUGGCCAGCCCUGGCCUCCUCCGGAACCCCCUGGCCCUGCCCUUCGUGGGGCUCUACGGGCUCCUCAUCCUCCUCCUCAUGGCCGUUGAUCUCCUCCACUUCUACCGCACCCGGCACUGCCGCCUCGGCCGCCUCCUGCCCUGCGGACCCCCGGGGGGGGGCCGGCCCUGCUGCCGCCCGCACCGCGGCUCGGGGGGGCUCCCAACAGCCCCUGGCCGGGGCUGCUGA